AUGAACAACUAUCUCGCAUGGAGUCGCCGCGAGAUUAUGAACGCUCUGAUUCAACGCCAAAUCUUGAUACCUGGAAUCGAGUCAAUGUCCAGAACGCACUGUCGCAUUGCUUUGGAAGAAGCCGAUGACCGACGCAGCUUUCACCUCAUGCAGCUUCCAAAAGAAGUGCGCCUCAUGGUCUACGAGGCUGCGUUGUCAGCUGAAGAUGUUUUUGUCGUAAGAGAUUCCUCAAAGCCGGCUCUCCUUUCUGUGAGCAAGCAAGUGCAGCAAGAAGCGAGCGAGAUCUUCUUUCGUGUCAACAGAUUCGAAUUUCGUAUCGACCAUGGAUACGUCUCGCCAUCUUGCCUUGGACCACGGACGCAGCUGUGCAGCGUGGAGCUGCAGUGGUUGGUUAACAUUGGGCCAGAGAACGUUGCAAACAUCCGUCAUUUGUCGUUCGCCCACUACGAUAGUUGGUCAACUACAAUAACUACACAGAUGGAUCUAUCAUGCCUCGAUGCUUCGAAUUGUAUUCAGAUCCGAAGGAAGAUCUGCAAGUGUCCCCAAGCAUGCGAAAAUCGAUGCCGACAGUCGCUGACCGAGAAACUCAACGAUGCCCUCUCAGAUACGGAAUACAGAGAUGAAGACGGGAACCAAAUGAAAGAGGAUGGCAUUCGCGAGCAUGGCCAAUACCGGGCCGCUAAGCUGAGGAAAACCAUCGCUGACCUUCGAACCUCAUUUGGUAGAUUUCGAGAACUCUGCGGUACAGGCAAGAAAGUGAAGCCUUCGGUGGAGGGCAUCAAGCUUCUGACACUGGCAGCAUUCUUGCACUGCCACUAG